AUGGAGGAUUCUGAAUCUUGUGCUUCUGUUUUAGAUGAAAUAAAAAUUUUGAUGAUAAAAAUAGUUGGAGAAGCUAAGAAUGCAUCAUCAAAGAAAAGAAAGAUAAAUAUCGGUGAAGAUGAGGAAGAGAAUGAGAGUCUUGAAGGAGGACACAAGGUAUUCGGUUAUAAAGGAAAACAAAAAGUUGCUACUACUAGCAAGGGGGGAGUCCAAGCAACUAUAAAUCAAAUGAUGAAAACAGGAUACAAAGAAGAAGUUGAUGCUCAAGUGGCUGAAUUCUUUUACACCAGUUUCAUUCCUUUUAAUGUAAUUAGAAAUCCAACAUUUGCAAAGAUGUGUGAAAUGAUUAAUAAGUAUGGAGUUGGAUACAAACCACCAUCUUAUCAUGACAUUAGAGAAAAGUUGUUGAAACAAGUUGUGAAUAAAACAGAUGAAAUCCUUGAGGAUUAUAAGGAGGAGUGGAAGAGAAUUGGAUGUACAAUUAUGUAUGAUGGUUGGACAGAUAGAAAAGGACGUUAUAUUUGCAACUUCUUGGUGAAUAGUCCUAAAUGGACGAUUUUUCUUUAUUCACUUGACACUUCAGACAUAUCAAAAAUAGUUGAUAAAGUUUUCAAAAUGUUAGAUGAUGUUGUUGAGUUUGCUGGAGAGGAAAAUGUUGUUCAAGUUGUCAUUGAUAAUGCUGCAAAUUUCAAGGCAGGUGGAGAGUUGUUGAUGCAAAAGAGGGAAAGAUUGUAUUGGACUCCAUGUGCAGCACAUUGCAUUGAUUUGAUAUUUGAAGAUUUUGAAAAGAAUUUAAAGGUCCAUGAAUUGACAAUUAAGAAGGGAAGACAAAUUACGACUUACAUUUAUGGAAGAUCAAUGUUGAUUUCCUUGUUGAAAAAAUUCACUAAAGGUAGAGACUUGAUAAGACCGGGUGUGACUAGAUUUGCCACAACUUAUUUAACUCUUGCUUGUCUUCAUGAAUUAAAGGCAUCAUUGUUGACAAUGUUUAGCUCUGAAGAGUGGAAGACAAGCAAGUUUGGAACUUCACAAAUUGGCAGAAAAGUAGAAUAUGUGGUAUUAGAUAGCCAGUUCUGGAAGAAUGUCUCCACAUGCCUAAAAGUUGUUGCCCCUCUUAUGGUGGUCUUAAGAUUAGUAGACUCAGAUGUAAAACCCACAACAGAUUUCCUUUAUGAAGAGAUGGAUUGUGCAAAAGAGAAGAUCAAGUCUAACUUUAACAAUAUCAAAAAGAGUUAUGAAGAGGUUUGGAGAACAAUUGAUGCUCGAUGGGAUAAUCAACUUCAUAGGCCUUUGCAUGCAGCUUCCUAUUUUCUAAACCCUUAUUUCCACUAUGAACCUAAAUUUAGAUCUGAUGAUGGUGGAGAUGUGAAAGAAGGAUUGUAUUUUUGCAUGAGAAGAUUGAUACCAGAUAUGAUAGCUAAAGAGGCAGAUGAUGUUGUUGAGAUUGAUCAAGUUGAAGGUGAAAAUGAUGGUGAAAAUGUUCACUUAGAUGGAGCAACAAGAGAUCCUACUCUAGAUGCUCUUGAUCUUGAUAACAUAACAUUUGGGAACAAUAAGGAUACACAACAUUCAUCAGAGGAAGAGGAAGAGGAAGAGUUAGAUGAGGAUGAAGAUGGAGAUGAUGAUGCCAUUAUUAGAGGAUUAGAGAAUUAG